GGAACUGGCAGCAGCAUACAUCGAACGAAGCAAUAUGGCGAAGUGUGUCAUCGGUUCGGUCAGACGUAGUGCCGUUUGAAAGAUGAAAGGUUCACGAUAUGGGGUGAAAAUAACGUAGCGUAAUGUUGCACUUGUGAAAAUCAUCCGUCUGUACAUAGCGUCGAUUGUGUCGUAUUGUGAUUGAGAAAAUAGUGUAUCGUUGGUGUAAAACAUGGCCACGGAUAAAAUAAAGGUUGCUGUUCGGGUCCGGCCGUUCAAUCGCAGAGAGCUGGAACUCGGUACACAAUGCGUGGUGCAAAUGACCGAACAGCAAACCAUCUUACAGCAUCCGUCGUCGAUGGACAAGAUCGAUCGAAACAAACCAAAAACAUUUGCAUUCGAUCACUGCUUCUACUCGUUGGAACCUGGAUCGGAAAACUUCGCCAGCCAAGAAGUCGUCUUCAAUGCUCUGGGACGUGACAUUUUGGACAAUGCUUUCCAGGGAUACAAUGCUUGCAUAUUCGCUUAUGGACAGACCGGCUCGGGGAAGUCUUACACGAUGAUGGGCAGUGGCGACAAUAAAGGCAUUAUUCCUCGACUUUGCGACAACCUCUUCGACCUGAUUGCGAAGCAGCAAAGCUUCGAACUCACCUACAAGGUCGAGGUCUCUUACAUGGAAAUCUACAACGAGAAGGUCCACGACCUCCUUGAUCCUAAGCAGAACAAGCAAUCGCUCAAGGUCAGGGAGCACAAUGUCCUGGGACCUUACGUCGAUGGCCUUAGUCAGCUCGCGGUUACAUCCUUUCAGGAUAUUGACAACUUAAUGGCCGAAGGGAACAAAUCACGAACUGUCGCCGCAACGAAUAUGAAUUCCGAGAGUUCCCGCUCUCACGCUGUGUUCUCUGUAAUCUUGACGCAAACUUUGACGGAUUUUAAAAGCGGAGUAAGCGGCGAAAAAGUUUCACGAAUGAGCUUAGUUGAUUUGGCCGGAAGCGAGAGAGCUGUGAAAACGGGAGCCGUAGGCGAUAGACUUAAAGAAGGAAGCAAUAUUAACAAAUCAUUGACAACCUUGGGACUCGUCAUCUCGAAACUGGCUGAUCGAAGUUCUGGUGUUAAAAAUAAGGAUAAAUUUGUUCCCUAUCGCGAUUCUGUCCUCACGUGGCUCUUAAAGGAUAAUUUGGGUGGCAACAGCAAAACAGUUAUGGUCGCGACUAUAUCUCCAGCUGCAGAUAACUACGAGGAAACUCUAUCUACACUUCGUUAUGCAGAUCGAGCCAAGAGAAUAGUGAACCACGCAGUCGUCAACGAAGACCCCAACGCCAGAAUAAUACGCGAAUUACGACAAGAAGUUGAAGCUCUAAAGGAAAUGUUACUACACGCAACGGGUCAAGGAUCUGUAGUCGGUCAACAACGCACAGAUAUCACAGAGAAGCUUUCGGAGUCCGAAAAACUUAUGAAAGAGAUGUCGCAGACUUGGGAAGAGAAACUAGUGAAAACCGAGAGACUUCAGCACGAGAGACAACAAGCCCUGGAAAAGAUGGGUAUCAGUGUACAGGCGUCAGGGAUUCAAGUGGAAAAGAACAAGUAUUAUUUAGUCAACUUGAAUGACGAUCCGAGUCUAAAUGAACUUCUGGUUUAUUACCUAAAGGAGAAAACUCUCGUUGGAGGACGAUCAGCUACCACGGAGCAAGACAUUCAACUUCAUGGUUUGGGAAUUUUACCAGAACAUUGCGUGAUAACAAUAGAAGAGUCUGGACUCUUCAUGACACCAUUGAACGGAGCCAGAUGUUUCGUAAAUGGUAGUCAAGUGGUGCAAAAGACGCCAUUGCUUCAUGGCGACAGGAUCGUUUGGGGCAAUCACCACUUUUUCAGAGUAAACUGUCCCAGGAGUGCAACAGCUGUGAGUAGCGAACCUCAGACUCCUGCACAAACUAUCGACUACAAUUUUGCCCGAGAAGAGCUUAUGUUAAACGAACUUUCCAAUGAUCCUAUACAAAGAGCUAUUGCAAGACUGGAGAAACAACACGAGGAGGAUAAACAGGUCGCUCUAGAGAAACAACGACAAGAGUACGAAAGACAAUUCCAGCAAUUGCGCAACAUUCUUUCACCAUCAACUCCUUAUCCUCCUUAUGUGCCGUACGAUCCCUUAAGAGGUAGUCAAAGUGGAAAGUUGCCCGCUUGUACGCCUACAACACAAAUGAGGGUAGAAAAGUGGACACAGGAACGCGAUGAGAUGUUUAAACGCAGCCUGGGUCAGCUCAAAACUGACAUUUUAAAAGCAAAUGCAUUGGUACAGGAAGCAAAUUUUCUCGCUGAAGAGAUGGGCAAGCAAACGAAGUUUAGCGUCACACUUCAAAUACCUCCAAACAAUCUAAGUCCUAACAGAAAGAGUGUAUUCUUUCAGCGUGGGGCCUUUGUUAGUGAACCUGCUAUUCUUGUGAAGAGAAUCAACAUGGGUAGCCAAGUCUGGUCGAUGGAAAAAUUGGAAAAUAAGUUGGUCGACAUGCGGGACAUGUACGAGGAGAGAAAGGAUUCAAAUAAUUGUCAGCGCCUACCUGUCGUUAAGGAUGAAUUGCCAGGCAAAACACAAGAUCCCUUUUACGAGUCACAGGAGAAUCAUAAUUUGAUUGGAGUGGCAAAUAUAUUCUUGGAAGUUCUCUUUCAUGACGUACGAUUGGAUUAUCAUACGCCUAUAAUAAGUCAACAAGGCGAAGUCGCGGGACGACUUCAAGUCGAGAUUAGUCGGAUAUCAGGCCAGUUUCCGCAGGAUCGAAUUUGCGAAGCAGCCUCCGAGUCCUCGGGUGACUCGAGUUCGUCCGAACAGGAGGAUUAUUCAGGCUCGAGUCACAUAACUUGCAGAAUAACAAUAAAACAAGCUAGCGGAUUACCUCUGUCCCUCAGUCAUUUUGUAUUUUGUCAAUACAUAUUUUGGGGCCACCCGGAGCCAAUCGUCGUACCUCCAGUUGUCAAUGCAGAAAUCCCUCCGACAAAUUGUCUUACUGGCCAGAGAGACUCUCUUGCUUUUAAGUUUGAUCAUACCAAGGAUUUUAGUGUGCCUAUUACGGAGGAGUUUCUCGAACACUGUUCAGAAGGUGCUCUGAGCAUCGAAGUUUGGGGGCACAGAAGUGCUGGGUUUUCUCGAAGCAAACCUGGCUGGGAGGUUGAACAACAGCAGCUGGCCAAAGCUAGAUCGCUGGCUGAUCGUUGGUCAGAGCUAACUAGGAAAAUAGAAUUAUGGGUGGAAAUACAAGAACUUAAUGAACAAGGAGAAUAUUCGCCAGUCGAAGUAGUGAACAAAGGGGACACAUGGACAGGAGGCAUUUAUCAACUAAGACAAGGUCAACAACGUCGAAUACAAGUUCGUGUUAAACCCGUUCAAAAUUCAGGCACAUUGCCAAUCAUUUGUCACUCAAUUUUGAGUAUUUCCGUUGGCAGUGUGUCUGUCAGAAAUCGUCUUCAAAUACCAUUAGACAGUUACCAGGACGAAGACCUGAGUAUACUUCGUGACAAAUGGAGUGAUGCUCUUAUGAGAAGAAGGCAGUACCUCGAUCAACAAAUUCAAAAACUUAUUAACAAAGAAGACAAAACCGACCAGGACAUGGAACGAGAGCGAAGCUUGGUUGAUCAGUGGGUCAGUCUCACUGAAGAACGAAAUGCUGUUCUCGUGCCAGCUGCUGGUUCUGGCAUACCUGGAGCACCAGCAGACUGGAAUCCACCUCCUGGGAUGGAACCACACAUUCCUGUAUUGUUCCUUGAUCUCAAUGCCGAUGAUCUUUCGACUCACCAGUCAGGUGAAGAAGUCUCGGUCACAGGAUUAAAUUCAAUCCUACCUAAGGAACAUGGAAAUAAGUUUUACAGUUUGCCAAUAAUUCGGCUCCUCGAAAAAGACGUGUGCGCUAUCGCAGCUUGGGAUUCCAGUAUACACGACAAUGUGCACCUAAAUAAGAUAACCGACGCAAACGAAAGGGUUUUCUUAAUCCUAAAAACAACAGUUCGUUUGUCUCACCCAGCACCAAUGGAUCUCGUAUUGCGCAAACGAUUGGCUUUAAAUAUUUACAAAAGGCAGAGUAUCACAGACAGAAUUUUCAAGAGAAUCGUCCGAACAGACUGCCUUACACAAACUGGUGUCACCUACGAAGUUGUUUCAAAUAUACCGAAGGCCAGCGAAGAGUUGGAAGAUCGAGAGAGCUUAGCUCAAAUAGCUGCCAGUGGAGAAGAUAGCAGUUUGUGCGAUGGCGAAACGUAUAUCGAGAAAUACACUCGUGGUGUCUCUGCGGUGGAAAGUAUCCUGACGCUGGACCGACUAAGGCAGAGCGUCGCUGUGAAAGAACUACUUCAGGCGCAAGGACAACCAUUAAUGCGCAAGACAGCGAGUGUGCCCAACUUCUCGCAGGUACUACUGCCUCUACGCCGUCUCGGACGCACUAUAAUGAGAUUCGAUGCUUCAAUGGAUUCAUUAAACGUAACACGCUCGGAGAGUGUAACGGAUCUAAACACUGAAAUCAAUGGAUUGCCACAUGCCCGACGAUCGUCAACGGGUCUCAGCAGAAACGACGAGAAUUUCUUAUCCACUCCGCCAAAGCCAUUUGGAAUCGGCUCCAUUCUGAACUCAGCGAGACCGACAUUCCUGAAUCUCAACCUGAAUCUGAACUCACUGACACGUCUUCAGCAAUCCACCUCAGCCAAGUCAUCCCCAAAUAUGGUUGGUACCAAGCUAGGUCUUCGUAUGACAACUCUGCACGAAGAAACUUCAAACACUGGAAAUCAGACGUCACCAUCGAUCAACGAUGACGAAGAGGAAAAGAGUGACGCAGAUUGUUCCGAAUUUGACGCUUAUCAGGCACCGCCGAAACCGACGAAGCCGCUGACCUCGUCUCGCACCCUGGAUUCUCUGGUCGAAUUGCAAUCAACGAAAAUCAACACACCCAGUAUGAGCAGCAGCGGUUACGGUUCUCAAGCUGUUUCCACGACGAACCUUACCUCCGAGGAUUCGAUCUCCAUUAAGUCUAUCAGUGUCGAUGAAACUCCAGACUUGGAGUACAGAAACCUCUUCGACGGUAGGAAGCCGGAAAAAAUGGAUAGCUCAUUGGUCGAAGAAACUCCUGAAGAACAUAUGGAAGAUCUCAACGAAACGUUGGAUAAGCUAAAUGUCAGUUCCCCUGAGCAAAACCCAAAAGAUGUUAAAAAGAAUCUUGAAAGGCUGGGUGCAUACGGUGAUAACGUACGCGAGAGUUCGACGUCAAACGAGAAGAUGGAGACACCUUCGACGAAUGAUUUGAAGGUACAGGAAAAGUUUGAUAGACCAGAAAUUCAUGAAACUGAAAAGAAAGAUUUAGAGGUCAGUCACGCCUCCAAUUCUGGGGAUGAUAGCCCAUCGGAAGGCACAUCCGUUGUUCACGUCAAACUGCCACCUGGCAAGGUUGUUCGGAGACGAAAAGCUGCAGGCUUAACAGGAAGACCCAUCAGCUCUCAGCAUAGAGCUUCUUUCCCUAUGGUCCGUCCACAAGUUUCAGAGAGUAAGGCUGCUGCUAGAUUGGAACAGACACUACAACCUGGUAUGCACUACGAGAACGGGGAUAACAGUUCUUCUGAACGUAUCGACGACGAUGUAAGCGACAAAAGCUCAGCGUUUGGUUCACGACCUGAUCUAACCAGAAUCGAAGCACCGAUACCCGACUGGAUUGUAGUUGGAGAAUCAGUCUUGGUUCGUCCAUACAGUUACUCUGGAGUUAUUGCCUACGUCGGGCCUACGGAAUUUGCUUCAGGAACCUGGAUAGGCGUGGAAUUGGAUGCUCCAACUGGUAAGAAUGACGGAGCCGUCAAUGGCCACAGGUACUUUUCAUGUCGGUCCAAAUGUGGGAUCUUCGUUAAGGUAGACAAGUUAAUUCAAGAUAGACGAGGGAGAGCUCUUAGAAGCUACACCAAACAAGAACCUACACCACCUCCGUCUGCGACGAUGCGCAGAAGCACGAGCAGAGGCGAAGGCCUACAUUCUUUGCACCGAAGUCGGAGCCGAGGCGAGGGCCUUUCGACGGUAGGAACCCGAUCAUCACCUCGGAGCAAAUGAGGAAGCGGCAAGCAUCACUUUACAACUUCGUUCUACCCUAAUACACUAAAGUAAUAUACCCUACGUGCUACAUGCCUACGAUAUGUGUAGCAGCAGUGUUUCCAGUCCCACAGAUAUACUUAGGGCAGCUAUUGAAUAUCGAUAAUUAAUUACAAAUAUUACUCGAAGUACUAGGAUCAUACUAAAGUAUAUCACACAGUGGCAUAAUGAAAUUUCCCCCCGAUCCUUCCCGUAAUAACAAAGUGACCAGAUCCUUCGAAUUCGAAAAUGAAACAAUACGCGUUAUGGUUGUAGCAAAGAAACUCCAUUUCGCAUUUCUUAACACAGCCCUCGGCGACAGAUAGAUAUUAUAUUUAUAUAUCUAUAAAUUGUCGAGUGACAUCCAAUGAUUAUAUGAUAUAUAUAUACAUGCAUUUAUAUGCAUGUAUAUCAAUGCAUUCCACGACUUUAACGUUUUGUCACCGGGUACGUCUAAGCAAUUGAACUUACCGCCAUAUGGUAACCCCAGUCUUUUUAUCUCUCUCUCUCUCCUUUCUUUUCCUACUAACUUCCCAUCCUUUUCCUGAUCCUCCCCUUUUCUCUAUCCAUUUAUCCAACUUUCUCCAUUAUCCUUCGCUAUAACUUUAAUUGUACAUUAAAAUCAAGCCAGACUAACUUGACUUUCGUUCGUUGGCAUUUCUUCUUUGAUCGAUCAACAGUUCGAUCGUUACGGACACUUUCGAAAGUUGCCGGCUGGUAAUUUUUACGAAAGUUCGACAAGUGGCAACCGUGACGCAUCGGGGCGGCGACGAGCUGCCGUGUAGAUUAUUUAAAAGAUUUUAUAUGUAUACCGUUGUUUCAUAUAUAUUGUAUUUUUUUAGCGCAAAUCUGUUAAGUUCCUUUUUAUUGUAACAUACAUCUUCUGUCGCUAUCCCUCUUUCUCGUGCGUGAAAGCGCAGCGACAAUUAUUUAAUUUAUACGUUGCAGGACGGACGACGUUACGGGCGAUAAAAGAUUACGAGAGCUUGGACGGAACUCAAUGUCGGGUUUUCUUUUUUUCUCUUUUAGUGUAGCCAAUUGACUAAUUUUUAAAUGGCAUUUUGAGUUUUCGUAAGCGAACCCAGCGUGGCGCGACGCUACGCUGCAAUAUUAGCUUUAUAAGUAUUUAGUCCAUAGACGAUAAUUGAAAAGCGAGCUUCUCUGCAACGUGGCAAUUGCGUUUUUGUUAUGUUAUUACGAUAUUACCAUUUAACUAGAUUGAAUUUGCUCAGUGAGGCUGGCAACUCUCCUUUUAUUUGGCCGACCCGACCUAACAUAAUCUAACGUAACAUAACGUAACGUAACAUAACCUAGUCUCUCGUGUCGGUGAAGCGAACGAGACGAAAAUGGAUCAUACGGUUUAUUAAUAGGUUAACUUGAAACUUGUCUAUAUUGCGAAGAAAGAAAAGGCAACAAAACCAAUUCCUGUCCAAUUAGAACAAUACUAAUAUUAUCGCUAAUGAAUUUAUUAUUGUAUGUAAUAUUCAUUUAAGUCUAAUUGUAAAGAGUCGUCACGGCGUCGUACGGCGCGCGCAGGCCACUGUCCAUUUUUUGGUAAUCGAGGUUGUUAAAGGCGAAACACAAAUUAAGUACUCACGCGUCACAGCGAUGCUACAUGCCUGUCGGUGUAAACACACAAAAUAAAACUUUUCUUUCACUCGUGAAUAUUAUAUGCUUUUCUUUUUAUUCUCAUUUUUAUCGCGUCCCGAAAGCCACUGACACAGCCCUGUACUCAUCGAGAAUUUAUUUUAUUAUCUUAAAGUUUCUAUCGUCUCCGCCCAAUGAGCACACAGUGUGCUUUUCACAGUUUACCUCGUGCAAUAUUUUUUUACGAGUCUUGGCAGCUUUCGGCGGAGCAUCUAGCAUUGAUGGAGCUUGUAUAGCCAGUUUCGUCUAACGAUAAGACAAUGUCCAUUUUUAUCACUAAUUGUCUAAUAAUAAUCAUUCGUACUGCAUCCUUAUUCUACCCUAAUUGUCCUAAGCCCGAUGGUUCAUUGAAAGUUUAAUUCGUAACGUUUCUUUUUUUUUAACGUUCCUUACAAUCUCGACUUCGCAUUAUAUCAAUUAUACAAUUUGAUAAUUUACAAAAUUAAACGUUCAUUAAAAUACCGGGCAGUACAAUUACAAUUUUGACCAAUCGGUGGAAAAGGGUUUUUUUGGAAGAGUCUACGACUGGGCGCAAUGAAAUUUCCUAUGACAAAAAUUCUCUAAACUUCACAGAUAUUUGGCUUUGUGUUCACGAAACUACUUUGCCUUACGAAAAUAUAAAGAAGCUUUGAAUCCUUAUUUGAAUCGAAGUAAGACUCAACGACCAUCUCGAGAUUCAUACAAUAAAUCAAAUUUAAGGAUUCACGGUAGAACCAGCGAUUUUCUAUACUUUAUUUGGUGCACGGAAUAUAAUGGUCUACUUUUUUUUACACAAGUGGUGCUAAAAAACCUUAAUAAUUUUUAAAAACACCGAUGGUGGUUCUCAACUGCUACCAUCUGCAGUUUUGCAAAUCUGUCCACAAUUUGUGGAUCCAUCCGUCCUGCCUUGUGCUAAAUACAGAGCUUAAUAUCAACGCACUAGAAAAUCUAUAUAAAUAAUAACCUUACAAUAAUGUAUAA